UGUUGCCUAAUUACCUGGACACUCAUCCAGGCAGCAUCAAAACAGGAUUACGGCCCUUUCUGGAUGGGAAAGAUGGAACCAGAGGGCCAGUGGUGGAAAAGCCAGCUCGCAGCGGACAUCCAUCAGUCACUGCGAAUUAAGGAGCUGAAGUUGCCAACAUACCAGGCCCAUUCUCCACAGAUUGGGAUGCGGCGGUAUUUUGCCGACCUACUCGCUGUUCUCAGUAAUCGUUACCAGCUGUGCCCUACGGCGCGUCACCUGGCUGUCUACCUGCUCGACUUCUUUAUGGACCACUAUGAUGUAGCUGUGCGACAGCUCUACGUAAUCGCCCUCUCCUGCCUCCUCCUAGCCAGUAAGUUUGAGGAGAAAGAGGACCAUGUGCCCAAACUGGAGCAGCUGAACACACUGGGCUUCAUGUGCAGUCUAAACCUCAGCCUCAACAAGCGUGACCUCAUCAAGAUGGAGCUGCUGCUACUGGAGACGUUUGGCUGGAACCUGUGCAUGCCCACACCUGCACAUUUCAUCGAUUACUACCUCCACGCUGCUGUCCAGGAGGGAGACCUGCACAACGGCUGGCCACUCUCCUCCAUGUCCAAGACCAAAGCCUUCAUGGACAAAUACACACACUACUUCCUGGAGGUCUCGUUGCAAGAUCAUGCCUUCUUGAGCUUCAGACCUUCUCAGGUGGCAGCUGCCUGCAUAGCUGCGUCCAGAAUCUGCCUGCAGAUCUCGCCCAGCUGGACCACUGUUCUCCACCUGCUCACGGGGUACUCAUGGGAUCAUCUGACGCAGUGCAUCCAGCUCAUGUUACUUGCCCAUGACAAUGACGUGAAAGAGGCCAACAAAUCCAAAUCAUCCCCCUCCUCUGGCCAGAGCCUCCAGCCACAAGUUCACAUCCCCCACAACCCCGCCACCCCCUCUUUGCAGAGGCAGCCCACCUCCAGCUCCCAGCAGCUGCUCCUUCAGUCCAGCAGCUACCCGCAGCUCACCCAGCACUCGCCGGCAUUAUCCCAGCUGCACAUGCUGGCAGACUGCCAGGCCCUUGGAACGGUGGGCUCCCGGGAAUAUCUCCAACCCCACCAGGCUAGCCUGCUCUCAGCCUCAGUGCCAGCCAGCUCAUUCACUUCUUUCCCCAGCUUGGCAUCAGGGCUGCGCAGCUUGCCCCUCCAGGGACCCAUCUCCAUGCAGGUGAGCAUGGGGCCCGAACGCCACUGCCUUGGUUUGACUUAUGGGAGUGGCUACCUGAGCUCCCAUCACACAUUCACAGCUGGAUGCUUUGACAGGUGACGCCAAGAGAGGGAGGACAAACUGAACCUGGGGCUACCACCGUCCUCCGCCCUCUCCGCGGUCUCCGAGGGGCAUUAUCUCAGCCGUAGACGAAGAUUUUCCAAACAGAAGACCAACAGUCGAGUGGAUGCCACAGAGGUCAUAGUAUUAACUUAAAACCAGCCUUUUAAACUUUUUUGUUUGUUUGUUUCUUUUUUAGCAUUGGGUGCUGUUUUUUUAUGAACAGAGGAUGUCUUUUUUAAAUAUUAUUUAGUUUAGAAUUUCUGCCAGUGCUGUGCCACAAUGGACAAACUGACUGACUGAAUCCCAUAUGGACUUUGAUUCUAUGUGCCCUUAAAGGAAUAGUUCACCCAAUAAUGAAAAUUCUGUUAUUUCCGUUUUUACCAGAACACAAAAGAAAAUAUUAUGAAUAUCCCUUUCAAUACAAUGGCACACUUGACCGCUAAAAAAGACCCAACAGUAUCAUACAAGUAAUCCAUGCAAUUCUUGCAUUAUAUUCCAAGUCUUCUGAAGGUGUAUGAUAGCUUUUGGUGAGAAACACCUGGAAAUUUUAGUCAUUUCAGUAAAAAUCUUGAUGUCCAAUAUUUUUGGUCCUUUUUUAAGCUUUAAAGAGUGUCACUAUUGAGAGUCACUACAGCUGUUGUUGUAUUGAAAAGAUGGAUCGGGAUAUUCUUUAAUUCUCCUUUUGUGCUCCACUGAAGAAAAAAAUUCAGACAGGUUUAUAACAAAGAGGAUAGCGAGUAAAAAAAAAUUACAGAUUUUUUUACAUUUUGGAUGAGCAAUCCCCACCUAACAAGGUGACCUCAAAAAUAGAGGAUGCUCUUAUGACAUGGGAAUUCAGUAUUGGAUUCUGACAGAUAUCCGCAGGACUAUUUUUUUUUAAUUUUUUUUUUUAAUCUACAGCCUUAAGAAGAGAAAUUGUGGAAAUACACAUCCCAUCACCAGCAUUUUUAAAUGAGUCAUUGAACACUCACACUGGAUUUAAUGUAUGGUCCAUUAAUGCUGCUGCCUUUAUGAACUGAUGGCUUUAUGACCAAGAAUCCUGUCUCCCUUCUGGUCUUGUUUACAGAGACAUGCCACAUAUCAGGGAUUACAGUUAUCUUUAAUACCUACAUACUCAAUACCAUUGAAUCAGCUGAUGUUUGUAUGAAGUAGCUCCUUUGUUGUUGCUGUCUGUAUUUCUUGUUGAAUUGGUUUUAAGAGUGAAAUAGUCUGUAGAGAAGGUUGACGUCACAUUGGUGCUGUUCCCUCUGGCAGAUGGAGGAGACGCCCCAGGUGACAAAGGCAUCUGUCCUCCACUCUAUCUCUCCUGCUGGAGGAAUCCAUGCUUUUCUAGUUCCUCCCCCCAGGGAAAAAUAGCCAUGAUCACCCUGCAGUUCUGCUCUGUGCAAUGAAAAUCACUUCAUUGUGCUUUACCUCUUUCCAUCAGACACUGUGGCUUAUAAAGAUUACCUCACAUUACUGCUGUUACACUGUCAUUUGCAUUUACAUCAAGGUCAUGUUAAUAACUAGUCAACAGAGUGAAUUUAAAGGGAUAGUUCCCCAAAAAUUCUAAUAUUCUUUUAUUUACUCUCCCUCAUGUUGUUCCAAACCAGUAUGACUUAUUUCUUCUGUGGAACACCAUUGACUUUCAUUGCAUCUUUUUUCCAUACAAUGAAAGUGAAUGGUGACUGAGGCCAAUAUUCUUCCUAACUUUUUCUCUAAAUAAAGUAAGGCAUACUAGUUUUAAAACAAAAUUAGGGUGAGUAAAUGAUGACAGAAUUGUCAAUUUUGGGUGCACUGUACUUUUAAGCUCCCCAUGCGAGUUAGAAAUGACUUUCUGCUUUGUAAUUUAAAACCUAAAUUCAUAGGAAUCAUUUUGGUAAAUACAGAUGUAGCAUCACCUUUUAGAUAAAGAUCAUUCCAGACAUUAAGGUUUUAAUUAAAUGGGGCUUGAUUAGCAUGGGUCAGACAGGAUAUUUUUAAAGCAGACUUUAAUGCUGAGUCCAAAAUAUUUUACUAGUAUUGAUGUAAACUAAAGUAAAGAUUAACCAAACAUGCUUCAUUUUUUUCCUUUAUGUUAGUGUCCCUUUUGUCCAGAUGAAUCUUGGAUCACACAAUGAAUUCCUUUAUGUUGACUGGCCUUAUAACCAAAGGGUCUGCUUUACGUCCUGCUGAAUGAAUGAGAAGCUUUUCCAACCACUUUACUGGACUUUGGAUAAAAAUCUUUUCUUUUUUUCCCCCUAUAGUCCUGAACUUUGAACUACCUCAAUAUAUUGCCAUUUGUAUGCUGAUUCUGCAGGACUCGUCCUUUUGAUUUAUAUAUUCUCCUUGAUUGGUUAUGAAAUUCACUGCUUCUAUGUAUUUUUCCUAAAACAUUAAUUCAUCAUUUUGCUUUUUAUUGUGUUGAAGUCCCAUGAUUUGUAUAGGUAGAGAACUUUUAACUGUAACAUAAACACACACUCUUUUAUAUUUCAGUUCAUUCUCUCGUGAAUCCUCUGUGUGUGCAAUAUGUAAUCAUUAGUUUGUUACUUUAGACUGCAUUUAUUUCUACCACUAUUUUUUUUUUUUUUUUUUUUAAUGUAGGACUAGUUUUUUGUUGGUUUGUUUUGUUUUAACAUGCUAUUACUGCUUACUGGCGGUGAUUUUAUUUUUUCACCAAAAAAUGUUGCACAUUGCAACCAAUGUCUCCUGAAUCUCUAGACAUUUUGUAGACUAGAGAACAUUGAUUGUGCUCAUUCAAUGAUCUAAUGGGUUUAUUUAAAAGCCUGUAAAUGGGUAGGGGGAUAACAGGUGUUAUUUGGAUGAAAACCCC